AUGAUUAACCCUUUCACGGAGUUGCAAAAUGCAGGAAAAAAGGAAGAACACGUCAAGCAAGUUCAGACUAGCAAAUUCAGCAACUACAUCACCAUAGGAUUGAAGUUUCCCAAAUACAAGAAAUACCACAUGUAUGCGUUCGUAGGCAGCGGCUUAGGAUAUACACUUGCCAAGCGAUAUGCCAUCCCAGACGAAUAUUGGGAAAAAGCUUUAAGAGCAGUCACUGGAAUCGCUAUGGGAGAACAUGAGAGCAUCAUGAACACUAUGGCGCGAAAUGUUAACAUUUCCCUAGGUGGAGAAAACUUUAUAUGCAAGAUUAUUUGGCAAUAUCACAGUGAGAUAUUGUCAAAAAUGGAAUCAGAAGACUAUGAGUCAAGAGAAGAGUUCAAUUUUCCUGAAUCUGAUUUAGAUUCACUAGAACUAGAAAGCUCAGAUGGAGAAGAGCAAUAUAUCAGAGAGCAUAACCUCAAGGUGCCAGCUAUUGCUGAAAUAGAGAAUUUUUUGAAACCUGUAAUCAGUGAAGAUCCUCAACUAUACUGGGACAAGGAUAUGGUAUAUUGCCAGCUUAAAAUGCAUGAUGCCAACACCAUCUGCCAUGUCAAGGCCAUCCCUCAUUAUAGUGAGGAAGAUAGGAAAAAGAUGGAAAAUCAGAUUCAAGAACUACUUGAGAAAAGGUUAAUCAGACAUUUAAACAGUUUGCAUCAUACUCCAGCUUUCCUAGUAAGAAAUCAUGUGGAACAUGUAAAAGGAAAAGCAAGGAUGGUCAUUGAUUACAUAGACGUUAACAAAAAACCAUUAAAGACGGUUAUCAAAUAG